ACUCGAAUCUCUCCCCGCUCCCCUUUUCCUCUCGCCCCCACCACCACCACCACCACCACCCCACCUUCCAACGAAUAUAUCUCUUUCGCCUUUUUCUCAUUUUCCCGUUGAUAAUUUCUCGUCUUCCUGGUGGUCGCUGAUCCGAUCUUCCUCCCCAUUUCUCCUCCAUACGCUCUCUCUCUCUCUCUCUCUCUCUCUCUUUCUCUCUCUAUCUCUCUGUAGCUACAGUGUGGUAAGAGAUCAGCCAUGUCGUUCAGAGGGAGCAAUGCUUCAUCGGGAAUGGGUGUUGCUGAACACAGCAAAACCACUUAUCUGGAACUGCAGAGGAAGAAGGUUCACCGCUAUGUGAUUUUUAAGAUCGAUGAGAAGAAAAAAGAGGUUGUGGUUGAGAAGACUGGAGGUCCAGCUGAAAGCUAUGAAGAUUUCACCUCCGCUUUGCCGGAGAAUGACUGCCGAUAUGCUGUCUAUGACUUCGACUUUGUAACUGCUGAAAACUGUCAAAAGAGCAAGAUCUUUUUCAUCGCGUGGUCCCCUUCUGUGUCUCGUAUUCGUGCCAAGAUGUUGUACGCAACAUCCAAGGACAGGUUCCGAAGGGAGCUCGAGGGUAUCCAUUAUGAGAUCCAAGCAACCGACCCUACUGAAAUGGAUCUUGAAGUUAUCAGAGAACGGGCGAACUAGGGGUCGCUUUGCUCUCGUGCAAAAGAAAGAAAAGUAAGGGGUUAUUGUUUACUUUCUGCGAGCCUUAGUUUCUGAUCAUGUGGGAUAUCUCUCCGACACUAAAAGUAUAUGUAAGACAAACAACUAACUCUCUAAAUAAUCACCACCCGGGAAGACUGACUAGGUGCUGCUCCACGAUACACCCUUAGUUAUGGGGGAUGCGAGCUUCUGUAGCCGUGAUGCUUCUCGGGUGAAAAUUGGUUGUGCGGAUAUUAUUGAUGGCAAAUGAUAUGGCUUUGCUUGAUAUUGAUGCAAAGGAAAUAGUACAUUGUCA